AUGAAAUCGUUUAUAAAACAACCUAAAAAGAAUGAUUCUACUACUUCAUCAAGCGACAAUGCUAAGCAUGCACAACCUAGCGCAAAUUUUCGCACAACAACGUUUGAAAGUAUGACCCCACCCACAGCCAACCAUCACAAGUUUACUCCGACUUCGUCCCCAAAGAUGCAGCAAUUCCCGCAAUAUACACCACCUACCAAUGUUCAUUUGUCCUCGACGACUACGAAUUCGCCGAAAAAGUUGUUAACGCCAAUAAAGAACUUGUUUUCGUCAACAAAAUCAGCAGGGCCAACACCAAACUCAAAUGAUAAUUUACAAAGUCUAAUGGUGAACGGGGCUUCCCCAAGAGAGUCGAAAACUUCUCGGUUGAAGAAGCAUAUACGGAGCAGAAGCAAUGCGUCGAUCCCCACUCUUCACGACAUGAUGAAACCACCUGCAAGAAUGAGUGGAGACACCAGACUCAAACUGACUGUGUCUUCUCCUUCACUUCAAGAAUUAGAUACUAAAUCGAUGAAGCCACUUCUAGAAAAGGGCCAAAAUGAAGCUUCUACUGUUGCAUAUCCUCUAGAAAUUGUCGAAGUGCCGCCUGUCACGGCAAAUCUUAACGGUCUUGGCCCGCCUAUACUUUUGAGUAGAGGUUCAAGUAAGAACUUUAGUAUUGCAUCUUCGGCAGAGAAUGACCAAUUUCACGCCAAGCAAGUCUUUUUGGAUGCAAAAUCUGUAUCGUAUAUCAAUGACAAAGAGAAUUCGAGAACAAGCCGCAGUGGAGAAUCUAGCGAGAGUUCCGAUGACAAUUACGAUUCCGACGACGAUGAUAGGGACGAUGACGACAAUUCUUCCCAGUUUUCAUUUGUGCAAGAUAUGAAAGCCGGACGAAACACUUCGGUCAAAUACUACAAAACAAAUGUUAGUAAACCAAAGUUGGAGCAAGCUUUGGCCCUGAACUCAUUUGACGAGAAUGAUUUGGGUGGUGACGCUGAAGAUAUGAUGGAUUAUGACUUUGAAAACAAUGGUUUAGGCGAGGAUGACGAGGAAUAUGAUGACUAUAACGAAUUUGACGGAGAAAAUGCCGCGUACAAUGAUAUGUUUCUGAAUGAGGAUAUAAAGUCCUGCACUAUUUCUAACUCUCGUGACAAGCAACAACAUCACGAGCUGGAUAAUCUCAGUCACGAUGCUCUUGCAAAACCCCCAUUGCCAGCCAUGGAUCCUACGUUUGGCGAUAUCUCCAAAAGUUUCUCCCCCGAAACAAAGUUUAGAGAGCUUACUUGUGGGUAUGAGUUCCCUCCUCAUUCAACAUUCAACACCUCGCAUCACUUGUCGAUACAAGGUCCUCCUAGACUGGAGAGUCACGAUUUACCUUCGAGUCCUAGAAGGGCUAGUGUUGAAGAUGAUAUUUUGGAAAACUAUUUAGAUCGGAGCACUCUGAAUUCCAUUCACUCAAACAUCAACACCAGUGGGGACCUUCAAUCACCUUUGGUUCCUCAUGACAACCAGUUUGAGCUUUAUGAUGUUAGCAGCCCGGUCAUAAAUGGACUCACCAUCGGUCAUAACUUGAGUCAUCGCUCUGGUCGAAAGGGGCAAAAUCCAAACAGAUCCUUAAUUCAUCGUAAUCCGGUCAAUGUUUCUAGCAACCAACUCCUGAAUAAUGGCGAGCCUGAAAACAUCAAUCCAGAAACAGAGCAAUUUAUAGCUUCUUUCCACGGUUCCUUUGAUGAGGGUUUGAACAACAAGAUUAAAGGCAAAGUAGACGACUUUGAAAGUUGGCAAAAGCUUCGGCGCCAAGAGGUGCUCACCAAUUCCACUGAUGAGAUCCAAUCCAUGAGAGCCGGAUCCUGUGCAACGCUCAUUAGUGGCUCUGGUUCUUGUAAUACUUCGACUGGACUUACAAAUAAUGAUGGAAGCUGCUCAGUCAAAGAGGAUCAAGAACAAAUCAAUGCGGCCAACAAUGGUGAAACUAGAUCCCAAAAUCGUAGCUCAGUGGCUGAAAUGAUGGGGCUUUUAUCUAGCUUGGAGCUUAGUAAUCCAGCCAAAGGUGAAGCUGGGACAGCACAUGACUCCGGUAACCGUCGAGAGAGAAAUUCAGUAGCUGAAAUGAUGGGGCUUCUAUCCAGCUUAGAGCCUAGUCAUGGGGUUGUUGGUACCACGGAAUUAGCUCCUGAGGUUGACAACAAAAAGGUUCGAAGCUCGGUAGAUGUCAUGAUGAACUUUUUAGCCUCAGUUGGAGACAGUGAUAAUACUGUUGACAAUGAAAAAUCAAACAACAGCAUCAAACCCCAGCCAACACAUGAUCCUUCCAACCUCGCUGAUUUUCAGGAAAGCAAACGCGAUACGCACCAAGACUGGAGCGUGAAAAGAAAACCAUCCUUCAAGCGCUAUUCAUGGUUCAGUAGCCAGGAGAGCUUGACUAUGAAAGGUGUCGACCCCACCGACGACACAAUGAAACCACCACCCUUAGAUCAAGAUGUAUUGGAUGAGAUAAACCGGAUACCGAUGGACUUUGAUUACGAAGAGCACGACAAUAUCAAGGGUGCUGCUUCAGGUGUCAAUUCCAUGACAAUGGGCUUUGAAAGGUCAAAUUCGUACAACAGGAAACCGAGGAGAGUAUUAUUACUGAAUCAAGCAAAGUCGAAUAAGAUAGAGACUUCUGGUAAGACGGUUACGUUUUACGAUAAAACCAAACGGCCCUCUCCUGCAGCACCCCCGGAUUUUAGUAGGGUGAAAAACACAAACGUGAGCCGAGGUCUGUCUUUCCGCUCUGUUAAUUCAAUCACAUCUGUUACUGAAGAGAACGAGAAUGAAGAGGACGUGAAGGACGAAGGAACUGCUCUGAUUCCCGUGCAUGUCAAAAUAGGAAGAUUCAGCAGCUGA